AUGGCCACAACAGUAGACAGCAGGGCCUCGGGAUUCACUAGCAAUCGCUGCGACCCAGGCACGGCCCGAGAGCAUGUGCAGGUUGUGACCCGAAACUACAUCACCCACCCCCGUGUCAGUGAGUAUUCAUGUCCAGCUGCCUAUAGGACGGUGUGCAGCGUCAACGGGCCUCUGGUGGUGCUGGACCAGGUCAAGUUUGCCCAGUACGCUGAGAUCGUCAACUUUACUCUCCCUGAUGGUACUCAAAGGAGUGGCCAAGUGCUUGAAGUGGCCGGGACCAAAGCCAUUGUUCAGGUGUUUGAGGGGACCUCUGGGAUUGAUUCCCAGAAGACCACAUGCGAAUUCACCGGGGACAUCCUGCGGACUCCUGUGUCAGAGGACAUGCUGGGUCGGAUUUUCAAUGGCUCUGGCAAACCCAUUGAUAAAGGACCUGCUGUCAUGGCAGAGGAGUUUCUGGACAUCAAUGGCCAGCCAAUCAAUCCCCAUGACCGAAUCUACCCUGAGGAGAUGAUCCAGACGGGAAUCUCCCCCAUUGAUGUCAUGAACAGCAUCGCCCGUGGCCAGAAGAUUCCCAUCUUCUCUGCGGCUGGGCUCCCCCACAAUGAGAUUGCAGCCCAGAUCUGCCGCCAAGCCGGGCUGGUGAGGAAAUCCAAGGCCGUGCUGGAUUAUCACGAAGACAACUUUGCCAUUGUCUUUGCAGCCAUGGGGGUGAACAUGGAGACAGCCAGGUUCUUCAAGUCAGAUUUCGAGCAGAAUGGAACCAUGGGAAAUGUCUGUCUCUUCCUGAAUUUGGCCAAUGACCCUACGAUCGAGCGGAUCAUCACCCCACGUCUGGCACUGACCACAGCUGAGUUCCUUGCCUACCAGUGUGAGAAGCAUGUGCUGGUCAUAUUGACUGAUAUGAGCUCCUAUGCAGAGGCUUUGCGGGAGGUCUCAGCUGCCCGAGAGGAAGUGCCAGGGCGCCGAGGCUUCCCUGGAUAUAUGUACACAGACCUGGCCACCAUCUAUGAGCGAGCUGGCCGUGUGGAGGGCCGGGGUGGUUCCAUCACUCAGAUCCCCAUUCUCACCAUGCCCAAUGACGAUAUCACCCACCCCAUCCCGGACUUGACUGGCUUCAUCACAGAGGGACAGAUUUAUGUGGACAGACAGCUACAUAACCGGCAGGUCUACCCACCCAUCAAUGUGCUCCCUUCCCUCUCGCGGCUGAUGAAGUCGGCCAUAGGCGAGGGCAUGACCAGAAAGGACCACGGAGAUGUCUCCAACCAGCUGUACGCCUGUUACGCCAUCGGGAAGGACGUGCAGGCUAUGAAAGCGGUGGUGGGGGAGGAGGCGCUCACCUCCGAGGACCUGCUCUACCUGGAGUUCCUGCAGAAGUUUGAGAAGAAUUUCAUCACCCAAGGUCCCUACGAGAACCGCACGGUGUUCGAGUCGCUGGAGCUGGGCUGGAAACUGCUGCGCAUCUUUCCGAAAGAGAUGCUGAAGCGCAUUCCGCAGAGCAUGACGGACGAGUUCUACUCUCGCCAGGGGGCGCAGCAAGACCCAGCAUCCGACACGGCGCUCUAAAGCAACCCCAGCGGCAGCCUUCUCUUAUGGCUUAAACCCAUGUUUUAUGCCCUACAUUGACAGGAGUGUAUUUUGGUGUAGGUGGGUGGGCGGGCUUUUUUUCUUUAGGGGCUUGCUGAGAAUGGAAGCAAGGGGGCGGGGCAUCCAGAAUAUUAAGCAGGCACUCUUACUACUGAACUCCACCUCAGUCCUAAUAUUUUUAUUUUAGAAGCCCCGCCUCCAAAGAUGUAACUGAAAUGGAAAACAAAACAAUAACUGAGAUGAAUUUGUCUCUGGUGAAAACAAGAUUGGGAAUGAUUUGUUAAUUGUUGAAGGUGCAGAUUAUAUCAUGUGGUUUGUAAAAGUAUUUAAAAAGAAAAAUCUAGUUGAGCACA